AAUUAACUGAUAAUCUGCAGGUUGUAUUUAUUAAUUAGAAAUGACGGGAGAUUGCCCUGAUAAUCCAAAUGUCCUAGCACCAUGCGAGUGCAAAAACUUUAACGAAACCCACAAGAUGAUUUACUGUCCCGAAUAUGUCGAGCUUGAUGUGGUGGGCGUAUUCAAAAAUCUUAGCCAGGCACUUGCUGGGAAGAAUAAACAGUUUUAUCAUCUGAGAUUUUUCAAUAAGCUCACUGAGAAGUUGCCGGCUAACGUGUUCGCCGACAUUGAGUUUCAAGACAUUUGGAUCUCUGACACACGGAUUGAUAAGAUUGACGAAAAUGCAUUCAACGGCACGAAAAACACAUUAACGAAGUUGACUAUCGAUAGGACACCGAUUGUCGACGCGAACGGUACGGAUGAUAAUGAUCUGUUCAAAGCUAUACGACAAUUACCCAGGUUGACCGACUUGGAAGUGACUCAUACGCUCCUGACAGAGAUACCUGACGGUGCCCUACAAUCACACCCGUCACUCAUCCGGAUAACCCUAUCCAACAACUAUGAUAUGAGGAAAAUAGGGAAACACGCCUUCAGUGACAUUAAAACCCUAUUUUACGUAACACUCGAAGAAUCGGACAUUUCUUUCAUAUCCGACGAAGCCUUUAGUCAAGAGUCGGCUGAACUUGAGUUUAUCAUUCGGUUUAUGGGCGACGACGAGGCGGCUUACCUUCCGGAGGCUUUCCAGUCAAUCAAACGCCCGGUGAACCUACACCUGACCCAACUAUUCCCAGGAAAGGGCGGUUCCAAUAUUCCCCUUGAGUUUCAUUAUAUACCGGAGUCCACGUAUCGGCCCUUUUUGGAUCAGCACCCAAUGCACCGGAUUUUUUCAAUGUUAGACUCACUUGAUUGCGACGAUAAACGUAAUGAUUGGCUUAGAAAAAGGUCCCCGAACCAAUGGUUUGAUGAGAUAUGUCAUUAUAAGUGAUGCUGUACAUUUUGAUUUAAAAUUUUAAAUAAA